AUGACCGGUAAACGCCGAAAUUUGACUGAAAAUUAGUGUGAAAUUAAAAAUAAAAUUAGAAAAUUUGAAAAGUGGAUGGAGGGAUUGUAUGAAUCAAGUAAAUCUGAUGAUGGCGAUUCCAAUAAUUCUAAUCCGGAAUUAACCAGAAAUCAAAAACAAUCCGUUCGUCGCUUGUCUAGUAGUUCUAGUGACGAAGAAUAUACACGAAAUCCAGUUAUUGUUACCGCUGAUGUUCAUCAGUCAAAAAAGGCGGAGGAAAUAUCGCAAUUGUUAGGGGAAGAACCGUCGCUUAAUACAGUUUUUGGAGAUACGAUAAGUAAUUAUAUUGUAUCUAGAUGGUCAGCUUAUUUGAGUAAAGGGUUGGAGAAGGAAUUAAGAGAAACUCUUGCAGAAAAAUGGCGUAUUCCGGAAAACUGCCCUCUUCUUUGUGCCCCCAAAGUAAAUAAUGAAAUUUUAGGAUUAUAUUCAUCGACAGAUUUGCGUAAAGAUAAUUUUCUAUCUGCAGUGCAAGAUAAAAUGGGGAAAGGGUUAAGCGCCUUAGGUUUUGCGCUAGACGUUAUAUUAAAACAUCAGAAUUCAGAAAAUAUUAAUCUAGAAAACGAUAUUUUGCCCGCAAUUGUUGACUCCGCGAAAUUAUUUUGCGAAUCUCAUUUUCUAGUUUCUCGUCAUAGAAGAUAUGAAAUUUUGCUAGCUAUGAAAGAAACUGUAAUGAAAAUUGCUGAGGAAUCGGUGCCGGAUAGUUUUUUGUUUGGUUUAGACUUCAAUGAAAAAUGUGAAUCAGCUCAGACAGCACAACAUGCUCUAAAGGACUACAAGGCAAAGACUCCCUCGAGGAUUAAGAAUUCAAAAUUUAAUUCGUCGAAUUUUUUAAACUCGAAGCGUCCUUAUCAAAAACACAAAAUCAGAGAGAGCACAGAGUACAGGUACAAGCGAAAACAGCCGGAAUACAGGUACAAUCCAGGGACACGGAGGACACAGUACCAGAGGAUAUAGAACAAACGAAUAUAA